CUUGUUUAUUCUCUAUUUGACGAAUAUUCAGAUCGUGCCCUCUCCAACGGACUAAGGAGAAAGGCUACUCUACAAUGCUCUCCAGUCUUCCAGCGAGCGUGAGGAGCCGUGUUCAAGAACCAUCCCAAGAACCCCUGUGGUGCAAGCAUUCGUCGAGCAGUUCUCAACAGACCCGGAUAAUGCAGUCGCAUCGCUCUUCCAGCAGCAUGACGACCCUCGGUGAUUAUUUGUUGCAGCAUUCAAGUCGUGUUGUGCUCAAGCAUUGCCUUGACGCCUUCAGAUUCAUUGGACUGAGGGUGAACAAAGCCCUUUGGUUGUUCCUUCAGUCCGUUCACAUCCCGGAAUGGGGCAACCAUGGUGUCACUCCUCUCGACGUUCUCCUCGAGUGAGUCGUUCGCAAAUCGGUGGUAUGAGGCUAAUCCAGUUGCCUGCGCUGGGCAUGAUUGAGUUAUUGAUGCCUGCGCUUGGAGGAGCCAUCGUGCAGCUGAACGACGUCCUGCACGGUGCCAUCUCUCAUGAGCCGGGUCAAAUGGGGCAUCCCAAAAGAAACAUUACUGCCAGAGACUUCCUUGAAGCUUUCCGACGUCAUGAUAAUCGCUUGUCGGACGAGUUAUUGGGGGAUGUCUAUGAUUCCAUUCGUUGCGAGCAUCUGUGUCAAGCGCGCACCCCAACGUCUGGUGGCCCACCAGAUAUCACUGUCAACUUCAAACGCCCACUCCCUCCAUGGCUUACCUAUCGAGUCCAGUCAGAGCCGGUCGUCAUCCGUAUCCCACAACCAGAUCCACAUUUCAGUAUCAAGCUAUUUGGACACGAUCUGGUGUUUGACCCACCUGUGCUGUCAUUU